AUGCCAGACAGCAAGAUCCCUCAGCCAGGGCCAGCUAAGCUGAAGCGCAAUGCCGGCCCUGAUGAGUGGCUGGAGGCCGCCAAGGACUGCAAGUACCUGUCAGAACCGCACAUGAAGCAACUCUGUGAAAUUGUCAAGGAAUACAUGAUGGAAGAAUCCAAUAUUCAACCAGUCUCAACGCCGGUUACGGUUUGUGGUGACAUUCACGGACAAUUCUACGAUCUGCUCGAACUGUUCCGUGUCUCUGGUGGCAUGCCCGAUGGCACUGAACUAGACUCCCCGAAAACCUCCCCCUCCGUGAUCACAUCCGCCGAUAUCGAACCUCCUUCCAGCAUCACAGACCCAAAGAUCCGCAAGAAGCUCCGUGGCCCUAGCGUGAGCUCCAAGGACGAGAAAGAGACGGGCGCACGAAGUCGAUCAGCCAGUGAUACUUCUGCGGACCUUCAAUUGGACCGCAAUUUUGUGUUCCUAGGAGAUUAUGUGGACCGUGGAUACUUCAGUUUAGAGACUUUAACGCUUUUGCUCUGUUUGAAGGCGAAAUAUCCCGAUCGAGUUACUUUGGUCCGAGGCAACCACGAGUCGCGACAAAUCACCCAAGUCUACGGUUUCUACGAAGAAUGUUUCCAAAAAUAUGGCAGUGCGUCAGUGUGGAAGGCAUGCUGUCAGGUCUUUGAUUUCAUGACACUGGGCGCUAUCAUCGACGGCAAGGUGCUGUGUGUUCACGGUGGCCUGAGUCCCGAGAUUCGGACACUGGACCAGGUUCGUGUGGUAGCACGCGCACAAGAGAUUCCCCACGAAGGUGCAUUCUGUGAUCUGGUUUGGUCUGAUCCAGAUGACGUAGAGACAUGGGCUGUGAGCCCCCGAGGAGCAGGGUGGCUCUUUGGAGACCGAGUUGCGGACGAAUUCUGUCAUGUCAACGAUCUCUCGCUGAUCGCACGUGCACACCAACUCGUCAACGAAGGCUACAAAUAUCAUUUCAACAACCAAAAUGUCGUGACCGUGUGGAGUGCGCCGAAUUACUGCUACCGGUGUGGUAACUUGGCCUCGGUCUGUGAGAUUGGAGACGACCUCAAGCCCACCUUCAAACUGUUCAGCGCAGUCAGCGAUGAUCAGCGACAUGUUCCGACCUCGCGGCCAGGCCGCAGCGAGUACUUCCUCGGGUCUGCCGGUCUCUGUGCUGCUACUUGGCUUGCACGUUAUGGCGUACGCUGCAAGGUAUUGGAGCGGCGCGAUGGCCCUAUGAAAAUGGGUCAGGCGGAUGGCGUCCAAUGCCGCACCGUGGAGAUCUUUGAAAGCUUUGGAAUCGGCGAAGAGCUUCUUCGUGAGGCUUACCAUGUCCUAGAAGUCAACUUCUGGGCCGACAAUGGUGCUGGCGUCAUCAAACGGACUGGCCGAACAGCGGAUACCCAGCCAGGUCUAUCGCAUCAGCCUCAUGUUAUUCUGAACCAAGCCCGAAUCAACGGGCUUCUCAUUGAGCUGAUGCAUCAAUACAACAAUCAGCAAAUCGACUACGGGUAUAAUGUCACCGAUGUUGAAGUGAACAGCGCCCUUGUUGCAGAUCAUGAUGCCCAUCCAAUCAAAGUCACCGCAGAGAAGAAUGGAAAGACAGAGACUUUUGCUGCAAAGUAUGCCCUGGGCUGUGAUGGUGCACACAGUGUUGUCCGCAAAGCUCUUGGAUACAAGAUGAUUGGAGACAGCAGUGACGCCGUCUGGGGUGUCAUGGACAUGGUCCCACGAACAGAUUUCCCUGAUAUUCGCAAGAAAUCGACCAUCAGAUCUCAGGCUGGGAACAUUCUGAUCAUCCCCCGCGAGGGUGAGAGCAACAACCUCACACGCUUCUAUAUUGAACUUGCCGCGGGAACCAACCCGAAAGAGGUGACCCUGGAGAAUCUGCAGGCUCAGGCACAAAGUAUUUUCCACCCAUACAAGGUGGAGUUUGUCGAAACUGUUUGGUGGUCUGCCUAUGCAAUUGGUCAACGUCAUGCCGAUUUCUUCCACAAGGACAACCGAGUCUUUUUGGCCGGCGAUGCUUGCCACACCCACUCUCCGAAAGCUGGACAAGGGAUGAAUGUCAGUCUUCAGGAUGGCUAUAACAUCGGCUGGAAGCUUGGUGAAAUCCUCACCGGUCUUGCUACGCCCUCCCUCCUGGAAACUUAUGUCCUGGAACGCCAAAAGGUCGCCAUUGAUCUGAUCAACUUCGAUCGCUAUUUCUCCAAAAUAUUUUCAUCCGGAGCUGCAACCUCGCCUGCCGAAUUUCAGGAGGGCUUUGUCAAGUCUGGUAGAUAUACGGCGGGUUUGACAGCAAAGUAUGAGGUCUCGCCAAUCACAUCUGCAUUGGAAUCGGCCAAACUCGCCUCAAAUGUGGUCGUUGGCAUGCGACUGCCGAGUGCGCAGGUUGUGCGCUUCUGUGAUUCCCAGCCCAUGCAACUCAUGAAGUGUCUCAAAUCGGAUGGCCGAUGGCGCAUCAUGGCUUUUGUCGGUGAUCUAGGGGUUUCAGAGAAUCAAUCGAAAUUGAGCAAACUUGGUGAUUACCUUUGCUCGGAGGAGGGGCCAAUUCAUACGUUCACACCCAAGAGUCAAAACAUUGACAGCCUGAUCGAGACUGUCGUAAUUGGCCAUGGGAAGCGCCACGAAAUUGAACUUGAGCAGAUUCCCGAGUGCUUCUAUCCACUCUCUGGGAAGAACCAAACGAGAGAUCUACACAAGAUUUACUAUGACGAUGAAAGCUAUAACCAAGGUCACGGCCAUGCAUACGAGUUCCUUGGGAUUGAUCCUACACAAGGUGCUAUCAUCAUUGUUCGCCCUGAUCAAUAUGUGUCUGCCGUUAUGAGACCUGCUGACUAUAUAGAGAUCGGCAAGUUCUUUGCCGGAUUCCUCAAAGCCCAAACGGGCACUGAUGCUAGAUAUCCAUCCACUGGCCAAUUUGGUAGCAGACUUUGA